GUCAGAAGUAACACUAUGUCCUGGAAGUUUCUGCGGUGUUUGCAGAAUGCAAGGUUUUUAAAAAAGAAUUUACAGACUUCCUUAUCAGUACAUAGAUGUGUGUCAGUACAAUAUGUUCCUGACACUAUCUCUGCUGCACACGGGGAGACAACCCGUAUGAAUUUAGUACAAGCCAUAAACAAUGCUUUAGAUAUUGCUUUAUCUACAGAUCCAUCAGCAGUGUUGUUUGGAGAAGAUGUCGCAUUUGGUGGGGUAUUUAGAUGUAGUGUGGAAUUAAAGGAUAGAUAUGGUCGUGAUAGAGUGUUUAACACACCCUUAAGUGAGCAAGGUAUUGUAGCUUUUGGUAUAGGAGUAGCUGCAAUGGGUUCUACAGCCAUUGCAGAGAUACAGUUUGCUGAUUAUAUUUUCCCAGCUUUUGAUCAGAUAACAAAUGAAGCUGCAAAGUUCCGUUAUAGGACGGGUAAUAUAUAUGACUGUGGAAAACUUACAAUCAGAGCCCCAACAGGAGCUGUAGGACAUGGAGCAUUGUAUCACUCACAAAGUCCUGAAGCUUUCUUUGCUCAUAUACCUGGUAUAAAAGUUGUGAUCCCUAGAGGACCCCACCAAGCCAAAGGUUUACUAUUAUCAUGUAUUAGAGACCAGAACCCUUGUAUAUUCUUUGAACCUAAAAUAUUGUACAGAUCUGCUAUAGAAGAGGUUCCAUCAGGGGAUUACACAAUACCUAUAGGACAAGCUGAAAUUCUUUUAGAAGGUGAUGAUGUAACAUUAAUUGGUUAUGGAACACAGAUACAUGUAUUACGAGAAGUAGCUAACAUGGCUCAGGAAAAAUUUGAUGUCUCAUGUGAAGUGAUUGAUUUGAGGACAAUAUUACCAUGGGAUGAGGAAACUGUGAUAAAUUCUGUAAAGAAAACGGGUAGAUGUAUUAUUUCCCAUGAGGCACCAAUCACCAUGGGAGUUGCAGCAGAAAUAGCAGCUACAAUACAGGAUGAAUGUUUCUUGAAUUUAGAAGCACCUGUAAUGAGAAUAUGUGGUUAUGACACUCCAUUCCCUCAUGCGUUUGAAGCAUUCUAUUUACCUGACAAAUGGCGAUGUUUAGAGGCAGUUAAAAAAAUUGUUAAUUAUGGAUAAUUUAUAUUGUGGAUGCUGUGAUUCUGAAUCUCAUUGAGGAUUUUUUUUUUUUACUGUGGAUUCAUUAUUAUUCGUGGGAUACCAAUUUUCGUUGAUUUCGUGUGUACAGGUAAACUACGAACUUUAAUGGUCAACAAAAUACAAUUUUUUAAUAGGCUUAUAUGCAAAUUUUUCUAAAAACGUGAAAUCAAUUAUCCAUGAAAAAAACUAUUUUUUCUCAAUCCACGAAAAUUGGUUCCCAUGAAAAUAUAUGAAUCCACACUAUAUAACAAGAAACUUGUGUAUGCAUGGUUCUUACUUGGGAAACUGACCUGCAUUAAUUCCAGACUUGAACAAAGGAAUAUUUGAUGUGCCAUUUAUGGAUUAUUUUUGUCAGCAUCUCUAGAACUUUGAUUGCUUCUUGAAAGUACUAGAGUGCCAUGUUUAAAUGCCACAUAUAAGUUAAAAUCUAAGUCAUCUACACUGAUCAAGAAAAUUCCUUCUUCAAUUUAUUUACCCUUCAGUAAACUUUAUGCAUCUUUAUAAUUGUGUACACUUGUUAUAUCAUAAAUUUAACUGGCAUAACAAGUUAAGGAUGUUCGCUACUCUUGUGUUUGACUUUUUGUCAGAUAUUUGGAAUCCUCUAGUUUUAUCCAUGUAGUGCUAAUAAAAAGUUAUGCCUUCUUACACCUACUUUUCUUUUCAUAAUUUUGUUAAGUACAGUUUUAAAAAAAAGCCAUUUUUUGAAAACUUAUAAAAUCAUUGUUAUUUUUUACAGUUGUAGAAAGAAAAGAGGUGCCAAUGAUAAAUGUAUGAAAAAUCUAGAGAGAAUUAUUUCUUGCCAAAUUUUUAAUUGCUUUAUGUCUCAAAAAUAAGAACACAAACCUUUCAUUUGUUUCUGCUUUUAAGUUGUGUUACUAUCAAUUUAUAACAGUCGGACACGAGGAAUCCAAACAAGUUCAAAAUUUAGCAUGUCCAAAUAAUCAUGAAAGAAAACGAUUUUGAUUGGCUUAUUAAUUUGAUCAUGAGAAACACAGACUUUGAUUGGCUAAUCACGAUUGUCUUCCCUUGGGAACAGUUCAAAAUGAUGAUGAGUCUUUUUAAAAAAAGCUUGUUCUUUUGAAAUAGAGAAGUGAACAUCCUUUAUAUUGUUUUAGCUAUCAGGUGUUGAAAUUCUUGUAAAGAGCUUUCAUGGUUACUUCCAAAUAUUUGAGAACAAAAAGUAUCUUUGCAGCAAAUUUUCUUGAAUGAUGCUUUAUAAACUAUUAAGUGCCAAUCUGCCUAAGAAUCAGACAAUGGUGAAAACAUGACAAACAAAAACCCACUCAAGUUUACAGUAAUUUUAUUAAUAAGUUCAAAAUGUAUAAUGGUGCAGGACUAUAACAUUAUAUAAAUUUCCUUUUCCUGUUCUGGUAUUUCAAGAUAUAAUUUGGUUGAAAUGCACUAGAAGUAAAGAAUUAAGGGGAGCUAACUCCGUAAUUUGCUAUCAGUCUAACCAAAAGUUAUUUCUUGAAUUACAAGACAUGUGCACAGAAACGAAAGACCUACCAUUUCUAACUCAGGAUGAGGGUAAUUUCAAAAUAGGAUUGUUAGGUCUGCAGGGUUUAUUUUUUGGCCAUGUAUUGAAAUUCUUCUUAAUACCCUGAUUCUUACAAAGACUGGCACUUAAUCAGAAAUAUUUCUUUGCGAAUUUUCAAAUUUAUGCAUUUUAUAUGGAUAUAGAAUCUUACAAUUUGUGCAAGGGCAUUACAUGUAAUUACACAAUUAUUUCAUAUUACUACUAGAUCUUUAAAUACUCAUACAGGUUAAACGUUGGUUUUCCUGUUUGAAUUGUUUUACACUAGUCAUUUUGGGGCCCUUUACAGCUUGCUGUUAGAUAUGAGCCAAGCCUCUGUUUUGAAGGCCAUACUUUGACCUAUAAUUGUUUACUUUUUACACAUUGUGACUUGGAUGGAGAGUUGUCUCAUUGGCACUCAUACAACAUCUUCUUAUUUAUAAAGGUUAUAUACAAUGAACUUAUGAUUAAUCCCUUUAAUUUGUUUUUUAUGUCACAUCAUCCCAGGGAGACACAGCCACAUGUAUAUUAUUUUGUCUAUGUAUUACAACUGCUGCCACCUGUUGUGCAGAUGCAUGCUUUCAUGAAUAUUCAGGAGGUUUUUUUAGGAAUUUUAGGCAAAAAUUAUGCUAAAACAGUGAUCGUAAAACUGAUAAAAGAAGGGAUAUAGAGCUGUGGAUCCAUUAUUAUUCAUGGGGUACUAACUUUUCAGGGAAUUUGUGGAAAUGCCUGAACCAGUAGUAUAAAUUCAACAAUAUAUACAUUUGCUAUCAUGCUUGUAACAGUAUUAUGAAAAUCAAAAAGUCAAUUAUUCGAAAAAAAAAAAAAUUUCCACAAAAGACUCAUAUGCACUUGAAAAAGACACAAAAACACACAUGCACUUGAAAAAGACACAAAAUACACACAUCUACUUGAAAAAGACACAAAAGACACACAUGCACUUGAAAAAAAACCACAGGAAAUAUACAGGACUUUUAUUUUUUUAUUCAUCUCGCAGUUCCAGUGAGGGCUUAUCAAGGGAACAAAAGCUACAAUCUACUGACAAGUUUAAGACAUCCCCUAGCACCUGUUAGGGACAGAUUGUUUAUGCUCAAUGUCCAUAAUUAAACAUUUGUGCGUCGACUAACACAGAUAUGGGGUAUAUCAACAAAUUACAGAUUAUAAUGGCCUUCUUGAUUUGUUGAUUUGAUCUUCACUGAAGUCUUUGGUCCUGGUACCUAUGAUGAGUUUAUAGAUUGCCAUAAUUUGCCCAACAUUCAGCCUUAGAAUAAGACAACAAUCUUGUUACAGAUAUCUGCUCAUUGCCGACAUGAAAAGUUACCUUCAGAUAUCAUUUAGAGUUAUCGUGAUGCUUUUAUUUUGGGUUAUAAUCAUGUGUUAUUAUGUGAGUGCUUGAAUGAAUUCAAUUAUUCAAUAAUCUAAAUUUUUUCUACUGAGAAAUUUAUACUUGUGAAGAAGGUUUUUUGUUUAAUCCUGUGUUAUGUGUGUAGUAUUUAAUAUUGAUUUUUUCUGGGUAGAAUUUUUUGAAAACUAGUCAAUUAUUUGCUAGGUAUAAAAGACCUGAAGGGCUAUUCCAUUGAAAUAGAUGUGGGUGGGUUGGAAUGACACCCCCCCCAGGAAUGGACUUCCAAAACCCUUCAAAACUGAAAUCUCUUGGAGUAAUUUUGCAUACAUUAAACAGAUAUUCUCUGUUUGAGAGUUGUUUCAUUGGGAAUCAGACCACAUUUUCUUAUUUUUAUUUUAAACCAUGAAUAACCUACAACACAUGUCCAAGAAUUGAAUCACCCUUAACUGACUGCUUGAAAUAGGGGGUUGGCAUAUAUGCUGUCAAUCACAAAAUUGCACUUGCCAUUUCUCAGGGAAAAAAAACUAAUUUCAGAAUUGGAGCCCCGUAUAAAGUCUUAAUAUUUCUUUAAAUGCAUAAUAUAUAUAAGAAUAGAGUAUUGUAAAUGUUUAUUGCUUGUAAUAAAAAAAAUAACGAGAUGUGGUAGGAUUGCUUAUGUUGAAAUUUUUUUCAUAGGGCAAAUUAUGAUCCGUGAAUUUAAUAUCUUGAGAGUUUUGCUUAAUAUUUUUUUAAUUGAGAUAACAGGUGGGAAAAUCCUAUUAAAAUCUUUGACAUUUUUACUUUUGUCGGAGUCUGAUCCAAGUUAACUGAUUAUUAAAACAUUUGUCUCCCAUAACAAAAACCCCUUUCUGUGGAUUCAUUAUAUAAUUAUUAUUCAUGACAUUCCAAUUUUCAUGAAUGUUAUGGUACACAGGGCAUAUCUAAGAUUCCAUAAAACAAAUAAUAUUAAAAAAAGUUGGCUGAUUUUAUGCAAGAAAA